GAGGCCAGGCCGGAUAAUAAAACACAGUGAGAGUAAGCAGCAGAGCUAUAUAAUUCACUAGACUAAAACACAAAUUUUAUUUUGUCAAAAAAAAAAAACACAAAUUUUAUUGAUCGAGACUUCAAUUCUUGUGGUAUCGAGGGUUCUGAUUUAAUUGUUUGUUUGCACUUUAAUCGGGUCACUCUGUACCACUAAUCAUAAACCCUAAUUUGGCAAUUUGGGUUUUUUUUAAAAAAGAUGGCAGCUUCGAUUAUAUCAAGAACUCUUUUUGCUACUAAUCGCGUUCUUCAAUCUUCUUACGCUGUUCCACACAAGACCCGGUUUUUAUCUUCUGUGUUUAAUAUAAAACCUUCACACUUUAGGGUUGCUUCUUAUGCUAAACAUAAGACUUCUGGUUAUUUUUCUACUAUGGCUUCAUCUGUUAGUGGGGUGACAGCUGCUUCAUCAGUACAGUCCAUGUCUACUAGUGAACCUGUUGUAUCAGUUGAUUGGCUCCAUGCCAACUUGCGAGAUCCGGAUAUGAAGGUUCUAGAUGCAUCAUGGUAUAUGCCAAACGAACAGAGGAACCCACUACAGGAGUAUCAAGUUGCCCACAUUCCUGGUGCCCUUUUCUUUGAUGUUGAUGGGAUAUCAGAUCAAGCUACGAAUUUGCCGCACAUGCUGCCAUCAGAAGAUGCUUUUGCUGCUGCUGUUUCAGCUCUUGGUAUUGAGAACAAAGAUGGAGUUGUAGUUUAUGAUGGGAAGGGCAUUUUUAGUGCUGCUCGAGUGUGGUGGAUGUUCCGAGUCUUUGGGCAUGAUAAAAUAUGGGUGUUAGAUGGAGGCCUUCCAAGAUGGCGUGCUUCAGGAUUUGAUGUUGAGUCGAGUGCUUCUAGUGAUGCUAUCUUGAAAGCUAGUGCUGCAAGUGACGCAAUAGAGAAAGUAUAUCAAGGACAGGCAGUCACACCAAUUACAUUUCAAGCCAGAUUACAGCCGCAUCUUGUUUGGAAUCUAGAGCAGGUUCAAAAAAACAUUGAGGAAAAUUCACAUCAAGUUGUAGAUGCUCGUUCGAAGGCCAGGUUUGAUGGCACAGCGCCUGAGCCUAGAAAGGGAAUAAGAGCUGGUCAUGUGCCUGGAAGCAAGUGUGUUCCGUUUCCACAGUUAUUGGAUAGCUCGCAGUCACUCUUACCACCAGCCAGUCUCAAAGAAAAAUUUGAGCAAGAAGGCAUUUCCUUGGACCAACCUAUUGUAACUUCAUGUGGCACUGGUGUUACGGCUUGCAUUCUUGCACUGGGCCUCCACCGUCUUGGAAAGACUGAUGUUCCGGUGUAUGAUGGGUCCUGGACAGAAUGGGGAGCACAUCCUGAUACUCCAGUUUCCACUUCUGAUCUAGCUGAAACUCAAUAAGAAGCUUCCCAGAUAUGCGCCUAGUAAGAACUUGUAUCCAAACAGUGAAUUAAUCGAUAUCCCUCGUAACUGUUGAGUGUUUGCUUUUUGUGGAUUGCAUCAUCAUGAGCUCUCUUUAUAUAGCAUUUGUAAAAAUUGGAAUGGAAGGCUGUAUUUGCUUCA